GCUGACCAUCGACUUUCCCAUAGAAUCGUAAACAAGUGGGAUUGACUACUUUAACACUCUAUUGACGCUCCAUCUAUCGACGUUUUUAAAAGAAGGUUGAGUCAACUGAGACCGCCAUUGUCAGGAUAAACACAAGCUUAUUAUUAUCUCAUCGUUUCCAAAAUGAGAGUGAAACUAUUGCCUGCUCGUGACAUAAGGAUUUAAUAUAAGAUAACAGUCCGCUUAAAUUAAAGGUGUGUGUUACAGUUAUGAAGUUGUCGGACCUGAAAAUCAAUCGACAGCCUCUAGAUCGUUCUCGAACAAAAGAAAUUUUAUCAAGGGUAACUAGUUUAAUUGAAGAAGCCGAGAAAGUAAAAGUUGAUUCAAUAGAAGGUGAAGCUGAUGAUGGUCGAUACAUUGAAUUAGAUUUGCUAAUACCUUCCGAUGCAAACGAUGAACAAUUGAAACUUCCAGUCAAUUUUUCAGGCUCAUCAACUGAGAAUGAAGAUUCAUCUUCAGAAUCAGAAAGCGAAUUUCGUGAAAUAAUAAUGCCGUCUCCGGUUAGACUUAGUUCAGCAGUUUCACCUGUUUGUACACCUCGAAAACUUAUUGAGGAACUAAAAUCUGUUUGUACUGAUGAUUGUAUAAUAUAAGAUCACUUGUAA